CCCCUAAUCGGAUCCACUUUCUUCUAUACUUCUCCAACUCGCUUUCUGCUAAAACCCUAGCCUAUCAAUUUCACUUCUCUAAAAUCUCUCCUCGAGUUCACUGGCUCAUUUCACUAAUCUGCAACAAUGGCGGACACCGUGCAAUACCGGCUCGAGCGCAUGGUCGACGAGCUCGAUGACUUGGAGAAGCGAGGGCUAUUCACGCGUCGCGAAAUCGCUGAGAUUGUGAAGCAGAGACGAAAAUUCGAGUAUAGACUGAAGAGACCGAGUCCACUCAAGCAGGACUACUUGGCGUACAUAGAUUACGAGAUUCAGCUAGACGCUCUUCGUCGCCUUCGCAAGAAAUCGGUGGCGCGUGAUCUUAAAAAGAAGGGAAAUAAAAAAAUGAAGAUGUCGGUUUCUGAUUUUGCUGGCGUUUCGAGAAUCGUCGAAAUUUAUAGGCUAGCUGUAUUGAGAUACAAGGGAGAUAUUGAGCUGUGGUUUCGGUAUUUGGAGUUUUGUAGGGAGCGAAGGAAUGGCAGAAUGAAAAAGGUCCUGGCUCAAUUAAUUAGGUUCCAUCCAAAGGUCCCAGGAGUUUGGAUUUAUGGUGCAGCAUGGGAAUUUGACCAUAACUUAAAUGUUGCAGCUGCUCGUGCUCUGAUGCAGAGUGGUUUGAGAGUGUGCCCAACUUCAGAAGAUCUUUGGGUAGAGUAUCUUCGGAUGGAACUCACAUACCUUAACAAGUUAAAGGCCCGAAAGGUUGCCCUUGGAGAGGACAAGGGGACUCUCGUCCGUGAUCCUAGAGAUGCUGAUGAGCAACAAUGGAGAGAAGAAAAUGAGGGUGUUUUUAUGUCACUGGAUGAAGAAAAAGGAAAUAGUAAUGGAUCAAAUGUUAAUAUUGAUGAGUCAGAGAGGAAAGUGGAUUUGUUUAGAGAACAAGGUUUGAACAUUCUUUGGACUAUCUAUAGUGGGGCAAUUGAAGCUCUUCCUCAUAGUUUGGGCCUGAGGAAGCGGUUAUUUGAGAUAUUGGAAGCAACAGAGUUGGCAGAUUCCGAAGACAUGCACAAGGAGAUCCUUAGUGAUAUGAGGAAAGACUUCUCGGAAGAUCCAGAAUACUGGGAUUGGCUUGCUAGACUUGAAAUGACUAAUUCUGGCAAUAUACAACAGAAGAUUGAAGGUAUCAUGUCAACACAACUACAAAAAGCAAUUCAGAUUUAUGAGGAAGCUUUGCUGUUCGUGCCUUCAUCUCUUAUGUUUAACCUAUAUGUAAAGUUCUUUAUGGAUGUUGUUGCUCCUAGAAGAGAAGAAGACCAACUCUUGGGAUUAUCCAAGCAUACUGAAGAUUACAUCUCUCAUAUCUUGAGUAUAUAUGAGAAAGCUGAGACAUUGGGAUGCAUUACUGAGGAACUUGCUUGUGAAUAUGUCUCAUUUUACUUGCAAGUAGGGAGACUAGAUGAAGGAAAGAAGCUAGCAGAAAAACUAUGCAGGGGAAAACUUUCCAAUUCAGUAAAAUUAUGGGUAUUAAGGGCCUCUUUAGAAAUUAGAUGUUUUACAAAUAAUACAGCUGGACCAAGUAACGCUGAUCUACAAUCCAUCUUUGAACUUCUGAGAGGCGUGUUGAAAAGAGUAUCAAUAACAGAAGCUGAGGACUUAUGGAUAACGGCAUUCAAGGUUUUUGCUGUAGAAAAACAUUAUUUUGACAAGCUGGUGGAGAUGUCGUUCACUUCAGUAGUUAAGUAUGGCGGCAGUGAUGAUGGAUUCUCCCUACCAUGUGCUGUUGUAAAUUGUAUUCUUCAGAAGGAUGGUAUUCAGCAAGCCAGAGAGACAUAUAAGCGGUUUCUUGCCUUGCCACGUCCAGGCCUUGCUUUAUACAAAAAUUGCAUCAAGUUGGAAGAGAACCUUGCAUCUAUUGGUGAUAAAGUUUGUCUUGAAAAUGCCCGAAAAAUAUAUGAAUCUGCGCUUGCAACUCAUGACCAAAAUGUCACAUUAUGGCGAGAUUACUAUGCCAUGGAGGUCAAGCUGGGAACAUCAGAAACUGCAAAUGCCGUCUAUUGGCGCGCACAGAAGACACUUGAAAACUUUGCUGCAUUUGCUGCAUCUCCAAUUUUGUCAUAAUACACUAACUGCGUUCAAUUUUGGCCUCGAUACAAUUAUCUUGAUUUUUUUUUUUUGUAAUUUUAUUAGAAACACAGGAGAGAUGGCAAUGAUAGUUUGUUUCUAAUUCCGCAAAUUCCUUUCUGCUUUUUCUGAUUUGGGUGGAUGUCAAAAAGUCUUGUGAGGCAACUGAUUCUCAAAUGCGAGGUGGACUGACGGUUAUUCUAAAAUUGAAGUGGCCUCAUUUUUAAAUGA